ACCAUCAUCAUCAUCAUCAUCAUCAUCAUCAUCAUCAUCAUCAUCAUCAUCAUCAUCAGUGACACUUUGUGGUCUGCAGCAGUGCACAUUCCUGACUCAGAUCUCAGCCUAUGUCCACUACAGGAGCCCGCUGCCUGUGUUAUGAAUGACCAGCCCUCGGCAGGAGAACAGAAGCCCGGAGACUAUGGCAGCAUCCUGGGGGACAGCGACGACAGCGGGGAAGAGCUCAGCGCGGAGAGUGUGCUGGAGUCGUCCUGGGAGAACCUCCCCAUGCUGGAGCGCCUAGGACUCAGCAGUAUGGAGAUGACAGAACAAGAGGUGGAGGACUCCUUCGUGCAGCUGGCCCUGGCCUUCCGCUGUGACCAGUACACUCUGAAGAGGCGGCUGCAGGCCGAGGAGCACGACCGCUCUGUGGCUGAGGAGAACCUCCAUCAGGAACUGGAGAGGACCAAGGACACGCUGCAGUCCCUUAAGGUGAGGUGUCAGGACAGGGAACGCACAGCGGUCCUGGAGAAACUAGAGCUCAGUUUGGAGAACAUUGGAGGAACGAUGGAGGAGAUUGUUACCGCUGCUGAACAGCUGGGCACUGUGCACCAGGAGGCCCGUGUGACCCACGCAGUGGAGCUGAUGGUGUCCCACGUGCAGAACCUGAGCCGUCGCCAUGCCACGGAGAGUUCCGAGCUGGAGGAGACCAGGCGGCUGGUGCACAGGACGCGCGGCCGUAUGUACAGUGAUUCCACAGAUGAUGGCGAUAUCAGACACUGUCUCAUAAGGCAACCAUCCCAGCAGUAUCUCACUCGCAGAAGAGUUAGCAUCACGCUAAUACCAACAAUGGCUCAGAUCAAUGACCUGGAGUCAAAAUUACCUGAAACUGUCACGACCAAUGGGGAUGCUGACUCUGUGGGAUCAGAGAAAGCAAUUGGACUACCCGGUUCCUCGAAAGAAAUUUUGUCGAAGACCUGCCUCCCUGAAUCCCGAGAGGACAGCCCCCCUGCAAAACAGCUGGGGCUGCCCACAAACAGCCCUCAAGAAGAAGAAGAUCCUGACACCAGUUAUGUUAAAAGGAGGAAGUAUGUGGCAGCAAAGGAAGCUGAGGAAGUGGAGUCGGAGGAAGACCAGGGCUUGGGCACAGGGAGCGACCUCCAGUUCAGUGACUCCGAACAAGUUUCCUCUGAAUUAUCUACACCCUUGAAUGAAGAGCGCCCCCCAAUGGCCUGGCUGUCUCACUGCUACUGGACACUUCUCUGGAUUUUUCUGAUUGCACUUUACUUAGUGAUACUGUUGGGAGUGUUACUCUGGCGCCUAAGAGCUCCCCUCUUCUGGCUAUGAUUCCCCUGUACUGAUGCACCAGCUACGAGAGGCACUCAGCUGCUCAAGAUUGCAUGCAAAUUUGACUCUGAGAAAAAAGGACCGAGGUGCUGCUGACAUCCAAGGUCACCAUGACUACCGUCUAUCGAAUGUACCCAGUAGAAUGCGUGAUGUAACAGACCUGCAUUGACUCAGUUAAAUCUUUAAGGAGUAAAGUCGCAAAUUUGUGAUUAGAAUGUUCUUAAGUGAACAUUCCAAUGCUGAUGUAACAAUCACUAUUGGUAAUUGAAUGCAUUGGAGUUCUAGAACACUGGCUUAGACUUUUGAAAAAACAUUCCUAAAAACCUACCCUUCAAAAGGACAAGGAAAUGAAACACAUUUGUAGUCAACAUUAGUUAAUUAUUUUCAGGAAAGCCUUGGCACUAUGGACAUACAGGCAGUCCUUCCAGAAGCCCUGGGUUUUUCCACUGGUCUGCAGGCGAGGAGUGCUCCCUGACUGGCCAAAUCCAGCAGCAGCCUUGCUAUCCCUGGAGGUCUCGCAUCCAAGAAUUUAUCUUCACAAUGCAAAGAUAUAUUAUGUGUCAUAUUUUUGAAAUCUUUUUUGUCACUAAUAACUUUCUCAAGGUGUUUUUAUAAUAUUUAAAGCAUCAAUUUUAGAGACAUCAAGGAGAGUAAAGACUUCCAGUGUAAUUUCUGAGAAGGUUGGCCUGGACUGUACGGAGGUGGAAAGGACUUAAUCUACAGUGCGUUCAGUUACACACACGGUUUAUUUUGAACUGCUGCAUUUAAACACUUGUAGUUGAACCACAGAUUCUUGAGACUAUCCAGAUUGAACAUUGACAUUUCACGUUGACAUUAAAAUCAUAUUUCUCCCUGUA